AGCAGAGAAGAUGUCAAAAAAAUUCUGAGGAAGAGAAAAAAAAAACAUCAACAAAAAUUAAAAUGACGGAUCCUUGGUUGGUCCGUGAAAAAACAAUUAAUCAAGAAUCUGUAGAAAAUUCUCCAACCGACACAAAUUCCAACGAAACCAAUUUCAAUUUAAUCGAAUCGCAAACAUCUUUACAAUUUGAAGAUAAUUUUUUGCCAACGCACAACAUUCUUAACAACGCCUCCUCCAAUAAAGAAUCCACUCAACAACCUUCUCGACUUCCGGACUCUGAGGAUUACCUUCAAUCUUUAGAGAAAAAAUUAAAGAAAAUCAAAAAGAAUCCCAAAAUUCUCGAAGCUCUUUCAGAAAAACGAGCCGAGUGUCUGCGAAAUUUACUCGAAGACAAUUUGUUUAUCAAUAAAGACGAAUCACUUGAGCUAGACGCACCAAUCUCGUCUGGUGAUUCAGCUGUUCAAGAGCUCUAUCGUCAUAUCCAACCCGUGCAGGCGUUGUCUGUUGGCGAAACUGUUCAUAUUGUAAAAUACGAUCAAUUGGAAGCGGAAGAAGAAGUUGAAGGCGAACAACAACCAGCACAAGAAGACUCAAAUAGUGAAUCAAACAGUCCCUAA